AUGUCAACGUUCGACCCCUUGGGAUUCCUGUGUUGUCUAAUGAUAACAGCGAAGUUGUUGCUGCGAGAGGUCUCUAGGAGGAAGAUCUCAUGGGAUGAACCACUACCGGCUGAGAUGUACAACGCCUUUAUGGAUUGGCGUAAAGAGAUGGAGAAAGUGGAACGUUUUCGGAGCCCACGUCACUACUUUGGAUCCGGACUGGUGAGGACUAUAGAGAUGCACGUAUUUGUGGAUGCGAGUCAGUCGGCAUUCGCAUCAGUGGUCCACUGGAGGAUCACGUACGAGGACGGCAACGUGCAAGUGAGGUUCGUGUGCUCAAAGACGAAGUGUGCACCGAUGCGAACGAUGACUAUUCCACGGUUGGAGCUGCAGGCAGCAGUUCUAGGAACGAGAUUGAUGGACACAGUCAGACAGGACUAUAGUGUGGCCAUUGCAGAGACUGUGCUAUGGACGGAUUCGAAGACAGUGCUGCGUUGGAUUGGCAGCACACACAGACGCUACAAGCAGUUCGUAGGGAACAGAGUAGCCGAGAUUCUGGAGUCGACGAAUGGAGCCCAAUGGAGAUGGCUACCAUCCGCCGACAACGUGGCAGAUGAUGCGACUCGAGCGCAACGCAGCGUGGACCUAAGCGAGGAGUCACGCUGGUUAAGAGGACCGGCAUUCCUGAGGAGACCAGCGGGCAGCUGGCCAGGAACUGCACCCAUCGACGAAGCGGAUGCAGAAGACGAAGAGGAGAUGCCGGGUGAGUUCGUGCUUGUUGGCGCGAGUGACCCGUUUAUAUCGCUGGAGAGAUUCUCAAGCUACAGGCGAUUGCUGAGGACUACGGCCUGGGUCCUAAGGUUCAUACGUCGAUGCCGUGGACAACGAGACGAGCUGGAGAACUACGGCCUCAAUGUAGCUGAGUGUGAAGCAGCUGAGGACUUGUUAUUCCGUAGAGCACAACGUGAGGCGUUCCCCGAUGAGGUGCAGGCCGCAGAGAAGGGCUUGGACGUCGCUAAAGGAAGCGACAUAUGUGGACUGGCGCCAUACCUAGAUGGCAAUGGAAUCCUGCGAGCGUAUGGCAGGAUCGAUGCGGCGCUAUGUAUACCGUACAGCGCCAGGAGGCCAGUGAUCCUCUCCCACCGGCAUGGUCUCACGGAGAUGAUUGUGCGCGACGCCCAUGUGAGGACGAAGCAUCAAAACUUGGAUGCUACGAUGGCGGAGAUCCGGACCAGGUUCUGGAUUACGAGACUGCGGAGAGUGCUUCGUAGUGUGAUCUCGGGAUGCAGCGAGUGUAAGCUGCACAGAGCACGGCCGAUGCCGCCGAUUAUGGGACCCCUGCCAGAUGAUCGUUUGGACGCCUAUGGCUGGCCGUUUAAGAGCACAGGCCGCGACUACUUUGGGCCGCUGCUAGUGACCGUUGCUCGGCACCAAGAGAAACGGUGGGUGGCCUUGUUUACCUGCCUGACGACCAGGGCGAUUCAUCUGGAACUGGCACAUGACCUGUCGACUGAUUCUUGCAUACUUGCAAUCAGGAAUUUCAUCUGCCGUCGAGGGCCUGUACAUAGACUGCGCAGCGACAAUGGCACGAACUUCGUUGGAGCAGACAGAGAGGCCAAGAGAUUUGCGGAGAUCUUCGAACCCGAGAGGAUCCAGUCGGAGCUGUCAAGCAAGGGAAUUGAAUGGAUCUUCAACUGCCCAGCGAACCCAUCAGAGGGUGGAGUCUGGGAGCGAAUGGUGCAGUGCGUGAAGAGGGUGCUACGCCACACAGUGAAGGAAGUGGCGCCGAAGGAGCACGUCCUGGAGAGUUUCCUGAUAGAGGCGGAGAAUGUCGUUAAUUCUCGUCCUCUCACCCAUUUGCCAGUGAGUGCGGACCAGGAAGCCCCUCUCACACCCAAUGAUCUCCUCAAGGGAGCAGCUUGCCCACCGGAUACCCCCGGCCUGGAUGGAGGCAUCGUCAAGGAAGGAGCUACGCGGAAGCAGUGGCGCGUGGCAAGGAUGUUGAGAGACCGAUUCUGGAGGAGGUGGGUCUUGGAGUACCUACCCACGCUGACACGGAGAGAGAAGUGGUGCCGCAGAGAAAAGCCGAUUCAACGAGGAGACAUUGUCUUCGUUUGCGAUCCAGCCAUUCCGCGUCGAGACUGCCGGAAAGGCGUCGUGGAGGAGACCUUUGCUGGAACGGAUGGUGAGGUCAGACGAGCCCGCGUUAGGAUCAUGGAUGGAGAUCGGACCCGCUGGAUAAUGCGCCCCGCUUCAAAGUUGGCGGCUUUGGAUUUGAGUGAAGAAGUUCUUCACGGAGGUGGGGAUGUCGCGGAUCGAUUAUCGAUAGUUAGUAUUUAA